UCUAUACCAUGAUUACAAAAACUGUUAACUAUAAGAAGCUACCACCAAAGGAGGAGAAAAGCAAAGAAGUUAGAAUACCUAAAUUAUAUAAGAGAUUAUAUAGUCAAAUUACUAACGGUUAUUAUAAAAACGCAUUACAAACUACUUCAAAGUUGCUCAAUUUAGAAGGAAAUAACGAUGAACUAAUUAAAACUAAAUUGUUCUUAUUACUUCAAUUAGAUUCGUACAACCAAGCGCUUAGUUUGACCGAAAACUCGUCCUUUGACUUCGAAGAGGCAUACACAAAUUACAGAUUGAAGAAGAACACAUCAACUUCAUCAGGAAACGAUAGAAAAUGGUCAAUAUUACAAGCGCAAUUGGCAUACAGGCAAGCUGAUUAUCAAUCUGCUAUCAAUUUAUAUCAAUCAUUGUUGUCUGACCUUGAUCCAAAUGACGAUGAAUACCACGAUAUUGAAACUAAUCUCAAGGCAGCGAAAGAGUCCUUGGAUUUCCACAGCCAUGGCUACCUCACAGCAAUAGAAGAACUCAAUGUUCCACCUUUAGAUGUUCUAGAGAGUAAUCCUGCUCCUUUCCCAGAGAAUUACAACCCGCAAAACACCACGGUAGACUUGAAAUCGACAACUUUGGUAGACAAUAAAUCCCAGAAGAUAGAAAAGCAAAAGCAAAAACGAAGACAGGAAAUGCAUAGCAAAUACGCUAACAAGAACAUUCCCAUCGAUUCAGAAAGGUGGAUUCCAUAUAAGGAGAGAAGUUACUACAAGAAACCAAGACAGCAGAUGUCAAUCAACCAUAAGAGAAGAUAGUUUUGUAAUAAUUGCUUAUAUACACAUAAAACAACUACACCCC